CACUCUCUCUUUCGCCCUAAACAUACAGAGCCGUCUCUCUUUCUCUGAAGAUGAUAAUGUCGGCGCGGAGGAUUUUCACAACUACUGAGAGGUUCUUCCGCUUUCAACUGCAAACGGAAAUGGGUAUCAUUCAAUCUCCAUCCUUAUUGUUUACCAAUUACUUCCAUUCUUCUGCUUCAACGCAUAAUCCUAAAGAUGCAAAAUCUCAACGUUUCUUGAGAUCUAAGUUCAAUUCUUCUUCUUUUAGGGACGUUGAUGAUGCCUUAGCUUUCUUUAAUCAUAUCAUUCUUUUGCGUCCUCUGCCUUCUAUUGUUCAAUUUUGUCGAUUUUUAUCUGCUCUUGUGGGAAUGAAACAAUAUCACACGGUUAUUUCUUUGUCCAGAACAAUUGAGUCUCUAGGAAUCUCACACGAUAUUUACUCUCUUUCUAUAUUGAUUGACUGUUUCUGCCGCUUACACCUUGUGAAUUUUGGCUUCUCAAUUCUGGGGAAAAUUAUCAAAUUUGGAUUGGAGCCCAAUACUGUGACAUUUACUACCUUAAUUAAAGGGCUCUGUAUAGAUGGUAAAAUCAAUGGAGCAGUAGAUUUUUUCAAUGAUAUGGUUGCUGGAGGAUAUCAACCUAAUGUUCGUACCUACAAUGUGAUAGUAAAUGCUCUAUGUAAAUCUGGGAAAACAAAUGUGGCUAUUGAGUUGCUAAAGGGAAUGGGUGAGAGAGGUUGUGAGCCAGAUGUUGUGACAUAUAAUGCAAUUAUGGACGCCCUUUGCAAGGAUAAGCUAGUUAUUGAGGCUUUAGACCUCUUCUCCCAAAUGAGGAAUAAAGGUAUUCCACCUAGUAUCAUCACUUACAACUGCUUAAUUCAAGGUCUUUUCAAUUUGGGCAAAUGGAAUCAAGCUUUCGCCUUGUUGAAAGAAAUGGUGGGGCAAAACAUAUCACCAGACAUUUUUACCUUAAAUAUAUUGAUUGACAAUCUUUGUAAGGAAGGACUAGUUUCAAAAGCUCAAGAAAUAAUGAAAAUAAUGAUCCAAAAAGGUGUGAAGCCUGAUGUUGUCACCCACAAUUCAUUGAUGGACGGAUUUUGCCUGUGUAACCAAAUGGAUGAAGCUAGAAAACUAUUUGAUCAGAUAGUAAGCAGUGGCAUAGCUGAUGUCUUUAGCUACAACAUCUUGAUUAAUGGAUACUGCAAGAGCAAAAGGAUAGAUGAAGCAACAAAACUUUUUGAUGAAAUGAUUAAAACUAGUUUAGUUCCCGACUUUGUUACUUAUAAUACUCUUAUUAAGGGAUUGUGGGAAGCAAGGCGACCUGGAAUUGCACUAGAAGUUUUCAAGAACAUGUGUUCUCAUGGUCAGCAGCCAAAUAAAGUGACUUUUUCAAUCAUUCUUGAUGGCUUGUGCAAACAAGGGUAUCUUGAUGAGGCACUCACACUAUUUAAAGCGAUGGAAAAGAGUCGGUUGAAGGUUAAUUGUGUGAGCUAUAACAUUUUGAUUAAUGGUAUGUGUAGAGCUGGGAGGCUUACUGAUGCCAAGGAAUUGUUUUCUAGGCUUUUUGAAAAAGGUUUACAACCUGAUGUUUAUACAUAUAGUAUAAUAAUAAAAGGACUUUGCAAUGAAGGUUUACUAGAUGAAGCAUACAAAGUCUUUAGAGGAAUGGAAGAGUGUGGAUGUUUACCGAAUGGUUGCUGUUAUAAUAUGAUUAUUCAAGGGUUUCUCAGGCAUAAAGAUAUACCAGAGGCAACACUACUUAUUGAUGAAAUGGUUGAUAAAGGAUUCUCUGCAAAUGCCACCACCUUUGAAUUGGUAAUACAUUUAUUGCGCAAUGACAAUCUCAUUCUGACAAAACUACGAAAUCGUUCCAAAUGUUCUAAAGGUGCAAAUUUUAAGUGAUAUUUUAACAAUCAAGACUUGCUCAACAGAUGGACGAGGUAUUUGUCAUGUUAUGAGUUAUUGGUCCUUUUUUAUAUAGAAAGUAUAAUUAUAUUUGGAAUUCCCUAGCAAGUUGUUCUAUGCUUAAUUCUCUGUGCAUUCACCAAUUUGUCGCCCUUCUUCUAUAUAGGAAAUCAGUGCAAUCAGUGCAUGUGGUGGUUUUUAUCUUGCCAGCAUUGUGUGAUUCCAUAAUCAUAAUUCAUAAUAUGCUUAUUCCCUAAUUUGCAACUUUCUGCAUUAUUUCCGGCAUGAUGAUGCAACUGCAAAAAGUAGAAUAUAGUUUGACAGAAAGAAGGAUAGCUAAAACAUCAAAAGAAUGUUAUGUGUCCAUAGUUAGAUUUAAAGGGUGAAAAAAAAAAGUAGUAAGCUUAAGACUGUUAGAUCGUUGAAGUAGAGCACAAAAAUUUC